ACCCACCAGUCCUAUGAAGAUCUUGUUCAAAGGUUGGAGCCAGUAAUUAUGGAAUUGGAAAGGCAGGAAAAUGUGCUUGUAAUAUGUCACCAAGCUGUUAUGCGCUGUCUGCUUGCUUACUUUCUGGACAAGCCUGCAGAAAAACUGCCUUAUCUCAAGUGCCCACUGCACACUGUCUUAAAAUUAACCCCAGUGGCUUAUGGUUGCAAGGUGGAAUCUAUAUUUCUGAAUGUUGAAGCUGUAAAUACGCACAGAGACAAACCACAGGUAAGAUUCUCUUGCUAUUCAGAGUAA